AUGUCGAAGAGAUCUGCCGACGUUUCCGACGAGCAGAACGCCGCCCUCAAGGCCGGUGAGCGUCCCGUCGUCGACGCCCCUCCCGACGAGGUGGGGGAGUUCGAGGAUGAGUAUGAGGAUGAGUUCGAGAGUGAGGACGAGGUUCUCGAGGCUGGUGUAGAUGGUCGUCCCGAUGCUGAACGGGAGGAGGAAGAGAAAGAUGCCAUGGACCUUGACAAGCAGACUUUUAUUCCCGGAAGGACAAAAUUGGCACCCGGAGAGGUCCUCUCUCCCGAUCCGUCUACUUACGACAUGCUGCACACUCUCAGCACCCCGUGGCCCUGUCUAUCGUUCGAUAUCGUGCGCGAUUCGUUGGGCGACAACCGCAAGACUUAUCCCGCCACUGUCUACGCCGUAACAGGCACACAAGCAGAGGGCCGACGUGCAAAGGAGAAUGAGCUGAUGGUGUUGAAGCUAAGUGGUAUGAGCAAGAUGGACAAGGAGGAUGGCAUGGAUUCGGACAGCGACUCCGAUUCGGACGACGACAGCGAGGCGAUCCUGGAACACAAGAGCAUUCCUCUCGGAUCGACGACCAACCGCAUCCGCGCCCACCAGACCCCUAACCAGUCCGGAGACUAUUCCAAGCCCCCGCAGACUCUUACCGCCACUAUGCUCGAGAACUCCCAGGUCGUGAUCCACGAUGUUACCCCCCAUCUCACCAGCUUCGAUGUCCCUGGAACCAUCCUCCCUCCCUCCGCCAACAAGCCCCUGUCUACCCUCCGCAUGCACAAGUCGGAGGGAUACGCCCUCGACUGGUCUCCGCUACAGCCCCUCGGCAAGCUGUUGACUGGUGACAAUGACGGUUUGAUCUACGUGACGACUCGCACUGAAGGCGGUGGCUGGGUCACCGACACUCGUCCGUUCACCGGCCACAUGUCGUCUGUUGAGGAGCUCCAGUGGUCUCCCAACGAGAAGAACGUUUUCGCCUCUGCCAGCAGUGACGGCAGUGUCAAGGUGUGGGACGUUCGUUCGAAGUCGCGCAAGCCUGCUGUCGACGUGAAGGUGUCGAACACCGAUGUCAACGUCAUGAGCUGGUCGAACCAGACUUUCCACCUCCUUGCGACAGGUGCGGAUGACGGACAGUGGGCCGUCUGGGAUCUGAGACACUGGAAGCCGAAUGCCGCGGCUCCGGGAUCUCAGACCACAGCUUCCCCUGUUGCCUCGUUCGACUUCCACCGUGAGCCUGUCACGAGUAUUGAGUGGCACCCGACCGACGACAGUGUCGUCGCGGUCGGUUCCGCCGACAACACGGUCACGCUGUGGGAUUUGGCUGUGGAACUGGAUGAGGAGGAGAACCGUGAGGCGGGAAUGCAGGAAGUUCCGCCGCAGCUACUGUUCGUGCACUACAUGGAGUCCGUCAAGGAAAUCCACUGGCAGGCCCAGAUGCCCGGUACGAUCAUGGCUACGGGCGGUGUUGGAUUUGGUGUGUUCAAGACAAUCAGUGUGUAG